AUGGAUCCCCUGUCAAACUUCUCAUUACCCGAGAACCAGCACGGAAACCAAGUGGGUGACGAAACCAACGGCUCAAAGCUGCUGGCCGAAGUUGCCACGGAAAGUACGUACUACGAAGAAAACCUGGUCCAUACCUUGCCAGUCCAGGUUGUGUUCUAUAUGAUCUAUUCGACGAUUUUUUUUGUUGGUGUUUUCGGAAACUGCAUUGUUAUGUACGCGGUCUUCCGGAACAAAACCAUGCAGACUGUCACUAAUUAUUUUAUCCUUAACCUGGCGCUGUCUGAUAUACUUCUGUGUGUCCUUUGCGUCCCUUUCACACCUCUUUACACCUUUCUGCAAAGAUGGAUCUUCGGAAAGGCCCUGUGCCAUCUGGUGACGUGCACCCAAGGAGUCAGCAUCUACAUAUCCUCCCUCACACUCACCACCAUUGCCAUCGACCGCUUUUUCGUUAUCAUCUAUCCCUUCCGACCCCGUAUGAUGCCCUCGACCUGCUUCAUUCUGAUUCUUUGCACGUGGCUGUUCUCGGUGGGAGCAACCAUGCCGUACGCAGUUUUCGUUCAGCACGUUCCCAUCGACGAAGACACGUACUUGUGCCAAGAGGACUUCCCAGAGGACAUCAGGCUGACGUUUGGCAGCGUGACCACCGUCCUGCAGUUCGUCAUACCGUUCAUCAUCAUGACUGUGACGUACACGCUGAUAUCAUUCAAGCUGUCGAGCCGGGCCAGGUCCAAGCCGGGCUCCAAGAGCGCGCGAAAGGAACAGGCGGACCGCGAGAGGAAGAGGCGCACCAACCGCAUGCUGAUCGCAAUGGUUGCCGUGUUCGGACUCUCCUGGCUGCCGCUCAAUCUGAUGAACAUCCUCGACGACAUCUCGACCAACCUGGGCCUGGACUGGGACCGCUGGCAGUACUUCCACCUCUUCUUCUUCGUGGCGCACGCCAUCGCCAUGAGCUCCACCUGCUACAACCCCUUCCUGUACGCCUGGCUCAACGAGAACUUCCGCAAAGAGUUCAAGGAGAUUUUGCCGUGCUUCCGUCGCUGCGGCGGCGGCCGCGACCCCCGGCCUGAGAACGGCAUGCUGCGCCUGGACCGGAGCGGGCUGCGGCGCGGGUCUACCGGGCGCGUCACCGAGGACCACGAGACCUAA